AUGGCGGCAGUUCCACCAUUCCUUUCAUUGGUCGACAUAUACGACUACCUGCCCAACUUUGAUGCCGACUGCGACCUCCAGGUGGGCGAUUGGGUGGUUGUGCAGCCGCAGCGCAUGGCGGCGUUGCUCGGUCCGCUGAUCAGUGCGUGGGAAGCCGCGCCACAAAAUCACGUACUGUCCGCUGCCUCUUCCUUUGUGCCUCAGUACACUUUGAGUCAGCUUCUCCCUGAGCCUCUGACGCUCCGGCGGCGGUCGCUGGCGUGGAACCGUGUCGGGCUCGACUCGUUUUCCGCAAAGCUGCCUCGACUGGCUCCGUUGUCCAUGGCACGAGCGCAUUACUGCCAGCGAAAGCGGAUGCAUGUAGCUGAUGAUAGCCCGGCAAACGCACGGGGCAGCGGUGUGUUUGGCGAUGAUGCAAGCAGCGGAAACGGUAAUCUGUACCUGCACGUGCGCUUGGGUCUUCUCACCCCCUCUCGUCCGUACGUAUUCGGGGGGUUGGAUAUUGUGGAGGUGCUGGCGUGGCCAUCUGAUGGCGCGUGUGCCGAAGAAGACACGGCGGCGUGCGUGCCCCCUCGUUUGGCAACUCAAAAGCCAGCUGUUCUGUACCUGAACCUUCUCACAGGAGAGACGCUGACGCGCGAGGAGGCAGUGCGUCGGGCAUCGACGCUGCUGCCAUCAUACACCUCUUCUGCCACCACAUGGUCCUCUGCGAUCGAGGAGGCUGCCGAGAAGGAAUGGCAGCAGUGGGUUCUUCGGUGA